UCAACUAUCAGAACAAAUGUCGAGUUAUUGGGAUGAUCUCUUUACAAAAGUAAAAGAACAUUUAAACAGCGUCACCGCAAUGAAGUUAUCGCCUUAUUAUAAGGUAUUUGAAGAAGACGCUUUGCAAUGGGAGGAGAAACUGAAUCGUAUUCAUGAUACGUUCGAUGUAUGGAUUGAUGUUCAACGUCGUUGGGUCUAUCUUGAUGGUAUUCUUAGUGGAAGUGCUGAUAUCAAGACAUUGUUACCUGUAGAGACACAGAGAUUUUCAAGCAUUAGUACGGAAUUUUUGACGUUGAUGAAGAAAGUAUCAAAAUCGCCCUUGGUUAUGGAUGUUGUAAAUAUCCAAGGAGUACAGCGUCAGUUGGAACGACUUGCUGAUCUUUUAGGAAAGAUUCAAAAAGCUUUGGGUGAAUAUUUAGAACGUGAACGAGCCUCCUUUCCAAAAUUUUAUUUCGUUUGUGAUGAAGAUAUUUUGGAGAUUAUCGGCAACAAAAGUAUUCCCAAACUUCAGAAACAUUUCAAGAAGAUGUUUGCAGGCGUCACAAGUAUCAUCCUUAAUGAAGAAGAUCAAAUCAUAUCAAGAAUUUCAUCGAAAGAAGGCGAAGAAGUUUCAUUUAAAACACCCGUCUCGUUGAAAGAACAUCCUAAAGUGAACGAAUGGUUGACGUGUGUCGAGAAAGAAAUGAGAGUAACCUUGGCCAGUCUUUUGGCUGCAGCAAUGAAAGAUGUCAGUCAAUUUCAAUCUGAAAAUAUUGACGCUCAAAAAUAUCUUGAAUGGGUUGACAAAUACCAGGCUCAACUGGUUGUUCUUGCAUGUCAAGUAUCUUGGUCCCAGUACACAGAAGCUGCGCUUCAGAAGGUUGAUGUUGCCGCUGUACAGCAAGUAUUGAGGAUUGUGGAGGCGUCAUUGAAUGUCCUAGCUGACUCUGUACUUCACGAACAGCCAGCUGUGAGAAGGCGUAAAUUAGAACAUUUGAUUUCUGAGCUUGUCCACCAACGUGACGUCACACGUAAUCUGAUCAACAAUAAAACUCUGGGAGCGAAAGCAUUUGAUUGGUUGAAAGAGAUGAGAUUUUACUUUGAUCCAAACAAAGAUGUACUAAAACAACUUUCGAUUCAAAUGGCCAAUGCUAAAUUCAAUUAUGGUUUUGAGUAUCUUGGUGUUCAAGAUAAACUUGUACAGACUCCCUUGACUGAUCGUUGUUAUCUAACCAUGACUCAAGCUUUAGAAGGACGCCUUGGUGUAUCGCCAUUUGGACCCGCUGGUACUGGAGAAACAGAGUCUGUCAAAGCCCUUGGUUAUCAACUGGGAAGAUUUGUUCUUGUAUUCAACUGUGAUGAAACUUUUGACUUUCAGGCAAUGGGUCGUAUAUUUGUUGGUCUCUGUCAAGUUGGUGCAUGGGGCUGUUUUGAUGAAUUUAAUCGUCUGGAAGAAAGAAUGUUGUCGGCUGUCUCGCAGCAAAUUCAAACAAUCCAAGAAGCUUUAAAAGAGCACAGUAACAGUGAUGAUUCUCAUAUUUUUAUUGAAUUGGUGAGCAAACAAGUGAAAGUGAGUCGUGAUAUGGCCAUUGUGACAAUGAAUCCAGGUUAUGCAGGACGAUCUAAUCUACCUGAUAACUUGAAGAAAUUAUUCUGUAGUCUGGCAAUGACUAGUCCUGACAGGCAGCUUAUUGCACAAGUUAUGCUUUAUUCACAAGGAUUUAGGAUGGCUGAAAAAUUGGCCAGCAAGGUUGUACCGUUCUUCAAGCUUUGUUUGGAGCAACUUUCAAAUCAAUCUCAUUACGAUAUUGGUCUUCGUGCGUUGAAGAGUGUAUUGAUCAGUGCCGGUAAUGUGAAACGAGACAAAAUAUCAAAAGUUAAAGAAGAACCAAAGAUCCUUAUUCAAAGUGUUUUUGAAACUGUGGUUCCCAAAUUGUUUUUUGCUGAAGACAUUCCUUUGUUGCAUAGUUUGUCGUCUGAUGUCUUCCCUGGAGUUAAGUAUAUGGGCGUUGAAAUGACUAAUUUGAAAGAAGAAAUUAAGAAAGUUUGUGCUGAAAUGUUUCUCACUUUUGGUGAUGGUGAGGAUGAAGGAACCGCUUGGGUGGAUAAGAUACUUCAGUUAUAUCAGAUAAGUUUGAUUCACCAUGGUUUAAUGAUGGUUGGGCCAAGUAGCAGUGGGAAGAGUACGGCAUGGCGAGUUCUUCUUAAAGCUUUAGAAAUUGAAGGUGUUGAAGGUGUUGCCCAUGUCAUUGAUCCCAAGGCCAUGUCUAAAGAUGAACUUUAUGGUACACUUGAUCCCAACACUCGAGAAUGGAGUGAUGGCUUAUUCACACAUUUCUUAAGAAAGAUCAUAGAUAAUGUUCGUGGUGAAUUGAGCAAACGUCAGUGGAUCAUAUUUGAUGGCGAUGUUGACCCUGAAUGGGUGGAAAAUAUAAACAGUGUUCUUGAUGACAAUGAACGUUUAACUCUACCUAACGGUGAGAGAUUGGGAAUUCCACGGAAUGUACGUGUAAUGUUUGAAGUGCAAGACUUGCGUUACGCUACAUUGGCAACUGUCAGUAGAUGUGGAAUGGUGUGGUUUAGUGAAGAUAUCGUAUCAACAGAAAUGAUUUUUGAUAAUUUCCUGAGUGAGUUGAAGGCCAAGCCAAUAGAGGAGAUCGAAGAGGACAUCACUUUGAGAAAACAGAGCAGAAAAACGGAAGAAAACGUGUUGUCUCCAGCUAUGCAGGCUCGUUUAACAGUGUUUAUCAUAAUGUUUUUUAUGUUUAGUUUUGUCUUUGAUAUGUGGAUUAAAGUGUUUUUCCCUUUUUUAAUACUCAAGUGCCUAGAAAAUAGAAGUUUAGCAGAAUAAAUUGUUGCUAUUUUGUACACAAAUUUUAACAAAUCGACAGAACUUAACUUUUUACCAGUGAAAAGUUUUUUGUUUUGUUGCUAUACAAGUUGAUUGUUGUAUAUACAAGUAUACAAAUAUACAAGUUGAUUGUUGUAUAUUUUUAGUGCAUUCAAAGAGUAAUAAAUUUACAAAUAAUUUUUCUUCAA